CUCGCGCACACAGUUAAAAUGUCGGCGGUGGCCAUUUCAGCGGAGACUAAGAAGAUUACAGAUUUACGAGUUGUAGAUCUCAAAUCAGAGCUCAAACGAAGAAAUUUGGAUAUAACGGGUGUGAAAAAUAACCUAAUCGCAAGAUUGAAGCAGGCGAUAGAAGAUGAAGGUGGCGAUCCAGACAACGUUGAGUUCCCCGUGUCAGUUGAGACACCCACGAGAAAACAAGCCAAAGUCAAAGGAAAGAAGACCGACCUGGACAAAGACACUACAAUGGAAGAGGAAUCCUUCUCAAAGGAAACCGAGGAGGAGGAAUCAGAAAAAGAUGUAACUGAUACUGAUGAUGCUACUCAUGAAAAUUCUAAAACCUUCUCCUGUGAAGACGGCCUUGCAGAGCACGAGGCUGAGGCAGGGGCAGAGCCUGACCUUGAUGCAGAGGUGGACCCUGAACCCGAGCCUGAUGCAGAGGUUGAGGCAGAGAGAGAAGCUGAGACUGAAGUCCCAGUGAUGGAGGCCUUUGAGUGCGAACAUACUCCUGAACCCGUAAAAGAAGUUGAUGAUGACAAUAUAUCCGUCACCAUCCAGGCUGAAGAUGCCAUCACACUGGAUGUGGAUGGCGACGACCUCCUGGAAACAGGUAAACAUGUGAAACUUCCAGAUUCUGAGGCAGACAAGUGCUGCGAAGAAGCUGAGUCCUCUGCUGAGAUGGGGCAGGAGACCGACUCGCUGGCCAAAUCAGUAGAUGUCCACAAAGAUGGUAAGAGUGAGGACAGCCUGAAGUCUGACUCCACCAAGAAGGAAAGCAGAGAGGCCUUGAAGAAAGGAGAAAUGGGAGACAAGGAAAAGGAUUCUGGGAAGAAAGGCCCCUCUUCAACUGGGGCAACAGGUCAAGCAAUGAGCGCUUCAAAAGACAGAGAUGGAAAGACUACGAAAGAUGAGAAAGGAGGCAGCACCAGCUCUUCUCGUAAUCUGUGGGUGAGUGGCCUGUCCUCCAACACUAAAGCAGCUGAUCUCAAAAACCUCUUUGGCAAAUUUGGCAAGGUUUUUAGUGCUAAAGUGGUCACUAACGCUCGUAGUCCAGGAGCCAAAUGUUAUGGGUUAGUCACCAUGUCGUCCAGUGCAGAAGUGGCAAGGUGCAUCUCCCACCUGGACCGCACAGAGCUUCAUGGACAGCAGAUAUCUGUGGACCGGGUGAAAACUGACCCCUUCAAAAAGGAAGGGGAGGAGAAGACCUGUUCCAGUAAAGCUCCUGGAGAAAAGCGAACUCCAACUGGAACAAAAACCUUAAGCAAGUCUCCAGCUUCAUCCAAGAAGGAGGAGAAAAAAUCAGACAAACCCUCUGAGAAAGACACCAAAAAGCAAGACUUAAAAAGCAACAAAUCUGAUGCACCAUCUUCCAACUCGGGAGCCGACGUAUCCAAGAAAGAUGAAAAGAAAUAUGGAAGAAAGAGUCCAGGCAAGAUGAUGGGGAUUGACCAUGCUAGAAGAGGGCAAAACUUUAAGUCUCGACCUCCUUUCAGAAGGGGUGGGAGAUUUGAGAAGCCCAGCGCACCCAAUACAAUGGGCAGACGGCCCAGAUGGUUCAUACCACCUAAUGAGAUGGAGAUGAUGAAAAAAGGGAGGCCCCUGCCUAACAAAGGUGGCAACAAGGAAAUCCUACCUUUUGAGAAGAUGAAGGAGCAGCGGAUGCGGGAGCGCAUGGUCAGGAUGGAACAUGUUCGUAGGGCUGUGGAACUGCGCAGGCGGCGUGAAGUAGCGGAGCGAGAUCGGAAGGAGAGGGAGCGGAUCCGUCUUCUUCGUGAGCGGGAGGAAAGGGAGAACCUGAUGAGAGAGCGGCAGAGGCUGGAGAUGGAAAGACAGAAACUUGAACGUGAGCGCAUGGAAAGAGAGAGACUGGAGCGGGAGAGAAUCCGCAUUGAGCAGGAGCGUCGCAAGGAAGCGGAUCGUUUGGCUCGUGAACGUGAGGAAUUGAGACGGCAGCAUGAGCAGCUGCGUUUUGAGCAGGAGAAGCGAAACUUAAAGAGGGGCCGUGAUGUCGACCAAAGAAGGGAGGACCCUUACUGGAAUGGUGGUAAAAAGAUGCAGACUGUGCCAGAGGGGAGAAUUAGUCAAGGCUCUGCCUACAACAGCCGCCAGCAGAAUCGCUUCAACAACUUUAAUCCCAGAGACCGUACCCGCUACCCUCAGACAUCAGCAGUGCAAUCUAACAACUUUGAUAGACGGAACCGUUUUGAGAAUGAAGCUGAUUCAAAGAAGAAUCGAUCUGCUCCACGUCGUGAAGGAUCAGGAUUCGACCGUUUUCCUAAAGACUUUGAAACUGUGCGUAGAACGGAACCACCACCUCCUCCCCGCACUGAACUGCGGGACAGUGACCGCCGAGAGAUCCGCGAUCGUGAUGAGCGCAGACAGGUGGCUAUGCCUGAACGAGCAGCUGUAGGCAGAGCAGCACCUCCAGUCAUUGCUCACUCCAGGACUCCCAGAGACACAAGCCACACUGGCUGGAAGACUGAUGGGGGAAUAAAUACUAAACAAGAUGUCAGAGGAGCAGUGCGGAUGCGUCCAGAGCGACCAGGAAGAGAGGGACCCAGUCCUGCCUUGAGAGGAACUUCCACAGCUAGCCGUGGCAGGACAAGCUUCAACAGCCGAGAUAGAGGCAGACCUGUGGUUAUUGGACAGCAGCACUUUGGCAGUGGCAGGCAGGUGGUGGUGGAAAGGCAUGGGCGUGAUCAGGGCCCCAGAAAAGAUUGGCAUGGUCCAGCAGGUUCACAGAGAGGAGGAUUCCCAGAUAAUCGUCGAAUGGGGGAGAGUCGGCCUGGCUUGAUGGCACCACACUCCAGCCAUUCCUCCACUGGAAUUAACAGAAUUGUGCAGAUCACUAAUGUUCCCAUGGCCGGCGGCAGUGGAGGAUUCAAACCUUUUAAAGGGAGGUUCUAGCAUCUGAAAAAUUAUAUAGAUUUUUUUUUGGCAACAAAAAAAAAAAAAGAGCUUUGUUAGCCUAAAUUUUUGCCCUGAACUGUUCUCUGUUGACCUGUAAACGCCCUCUGUGCACAUACACGUUAUCCUGUUAUAGUGUAGGUGCAACCUGUACAAUUUAUUUCUUAACCAGUGGUUGUGUACUGUUGAAAUUUCCUGUCCAAGACACUUCUGCUUUUGGCAGACUGUGUUUGUAGCACUGGACAUGUCUCUUAAUUCCAUUAACGUUUCAGUUGUUUUUUUAUUAUUAUUAUUAUAAUUUUUUUAUUAUCAUUCUACAAGUUAUUAAAUUAUGAGGAUUAUAACUGUCUCUGUAUAAUCUGAUUCUGUGUAUGGAGCCACACAAGAAAAGCCUUGUGUGAUGUACUUGGCAAGUUUUGAAGACUGAAUGAAUGUUAAGGACAACACAAACCAACUGACUUCUCUGACCAGAUUUACUUUUAUUCAGACAUAUUGCCCCUCGCCUAAGGCAUUUGUAAGAAAAAUGUCCAUCUACUCUUUGACAUGGUUGGGCUGCACAUGAAUCUUGCCCACAAUGGUAGGUUGACCCUUAUAAUAUCCAAUAUUUUGUACGAUGUUUUUGUUUGUUUUUCCAAGUAAAAAUGACUUGUGUAAAUAUACAAGUAUAAAGGAUAAAAAAUAGAAAUUGUAAUGGAACUUUUACCUCCGAUCACUAGUAGUAUUUGGAUGUUAAACAUGCAAUGCAACUGCAUUUCCAUUCUGGACUAACCUAGUAAAUUCCCAUUCAAAGACCGAACCCACCAAGUAAAACCUUUUCAGUAUUCAUCCAUUUGUGGCAGAACCCAUUGUGUCAACCAGAGGCAUUUUAAUAUCAGUAAAAUAUAAUUACCCUCCCUGGUCAAACGUUAUGAUCAACCAAGGAUGUCCUGCCACUGUGGUCUGUCUAAAAGCUCAGCUCAGAGUGCUCUCUCUCUCUCUCUCUCUCUCUCUCUCUCUCAUAUUGUAAAUCAGGUUUUUUUUUUUUUUUUUUUAUGUAACCAGAUACUUUGGUGAUUUCUACAUUUGUAUAAAAAGAGGUAUCUAGUGUAUUCAUUGUAACAGUGCAUAGCAAAUGACUAAAAUGGUAUAGGGUAUCUUUUCCCACUAUAAAUGUGACAUUGCAGUAUUUACCCUGCCAACACAUUGCAAUUUCUACAUGUAUACUCUGGAAUUUCCACACAUCUGUCAUGAACAAGAUUAUUUUUAGAAGCAAAGGUUUAAGCCGAAGCACAAAACAGAAUAGAUAAAAAAUGCAUUGUGUUAUUUCAGCACACCACAUCCAGUACAACACCUGCAAGACAUCAUUCUCCCAUCUCUAUAAUGCCUAUCUUGUGUUCCCUACUGUAUGCCACCAGUCAGAGGUGAUGCAAGCUCACUAACAUUUAUGAAUCCAUAUUUAUGGUUCUUGUUGUAGGAAAUGAAAUUACAAAAAUGGCACGACUAACACUGUUUUUCACCCUUCGUAUCUAAACCAACACUGGCUAAAUACAAUAUUGCACACCAGCUAGUACACGUCAAAAUAGCAUCAUUUCAGUGCUUUAAACCUACUUCUGAAACCAUUGGGCCCUUUAAGGUAUUUAGAAAAAAAUGACUUAAAUGCAGCCAUGUUUUAUUUUAAAAGCCUAUUUCCUUGGGUUGAAAUGGUGCUGUUACAGCAAUAAUGUACUAUAGCCCUUGAAAAAGGACCUUUUCAAAUUUAACCCUGUGUUUGAAUAUAUAUGAUUUACUAAGGCAGAUAAUUCACAUCCCACUGUAUGCAAGACACUCAUGGAUAUGUUCGUCAGUAAAGGCCUUUGCAGUUUUCUGUCUAUGGUAAGGUCUACAGAUUGUCUCGCACCUAUUUUAUUUUCCAGUAUAAAAAAUACUCUAAAUAUUGUAAGACUUCUUGUAUACAUAGAGUAUUUGCCACUGAGGGACCAAACGUUAAAGGAUCACCUGCAGACCACAACUCUGUCCAACAACUAUUCUGUCAUUUUCAAUGAGCUUGGAACUUGUAUAUUCUUGCAUUGUGAGAGCAGAUAAAUGGUUUGCUCACAGAAAGGUUAGUGUUUCUGAGAUUCACACUGCUCAGAUCAAGGCAUAUAGCUGGAAUGUUUUAUAUAGAAAUGGACAUUGUCUUUGAGGAGGCAGCACAAUAAA